AUGGCUUUGGUGACUCUCGUGUCCAUCGGGCUUACGACAGGUGCCCUGGGUAUUUGGCUGAUUACCUGUUACUACUAUUAUCGCACAUCCAACGGUAGCCAUAGCCACACUGAUGGACCGCCGUCGAGCCGAGAAAAUGCAUCCCGUCAUGCUCACCUCCUCGUCGUUCUGGGCAGCGGCGGGCACACAGCAGAAAUGCUGUCCAUGCUAGCGCGUGCGCCUCUGGAUCCUAAUAUCUUCACCCACCGCACCUAUGUCGUCAGCUCAGGGGACUCAUUCAGCGCUCUCAAAGCUACGGAAUUUGAGAAGGACCUUCUUGAGCAACAUUUGCCUCCUGCUUCUCCUGCUGUUACUGCUGCCACUAGUAAAAGAGGGCCAAUCCCGUCUCCGCCUACAACUCUGCAGAAACGCCGCCGACAGGAAAAGAAGCCUGAAGAAAGGAAGCCUUCAGAUUCGUCUGCCUCUAAAACACUAUCGGAAACACCUUCGUCGUCAUAUACAAUCAUCACCGUUCCUCGCGCAAGAAAGGUACAUCAAUCAUUCCUGACAGCGCCGGUAUCGACCCUUCAUUGCCUGUGGGCCUGUAUAAAUGUUCUCCGAGGCACACAUCCUGAUCAACAACCGCAGAAGGGUCAUGAUAUAUCCUCUCCAUUUCCAGCUCUAACCUCAACGGGGCUUUCCCCACCAACAACACCCUAUCCAAACAUAAUCCUGACAAAUGGCCCCGCCACCGCCGUCUGCGUCAUCCUAGCUGCAAGGAUCCUACGUGCCGUCGCCUCCAUGUCCAUAUUCCCCCUCUGUAACUCCUUCCAACAAAAACCGUCACAACAAUCGCAGUCCUUUCCCAGGCCCCAGGAAAGAUAUCUACGCACCGUAUUCGUCGAAUCAUGGGCACGCGUCACUACGCUUAGUUUAUCAGGGAAGAUAGUGCUGCCGCUUGUGGAUCGGUUUUUAGUGCAAUGGGACGGGCUGGCAGGGCGUUCGAGCUGGCUCGGUGGGAAGAGUGAGUUUGUGGGUGCGCUUGUCGCAUAGUACUAGAAUUUGGGGGUUGGGGGAACAAAACCGGAAACAGAACACACAUCGCAAAGCAAAGACCAGGUAUGCACGGUUCUUGUUAUUGUCCUUGCGCCGAAGUAUGCUGUACAGUACAUAUCGUGGAUCAGGAGACUGAGUACUCUACAAGUCCCAUCCUUGAAAAAGAAAGAGCACUUGAGGCUGCCAUGGGCACAGUGAAAGGGAAAAGGAGAAGAAAUGUUUUGAGACGACGAUCGAAUCUUGCGUGCAGUCAGUUUGUCAUACCGUCUGUCUCCCUUACUAUGGUCGUCGCUUAAGUAAGUGCGCGCGAAUGUAAAAAGAGACUUCAAGAGGAAGCCUUCGCCCAAAAAUGAAAAAAUAAUAAUU